AUGGCGACGCGUCGCGACGCGGCGACGCUCGAUUCCGAGGCUGCCUCCUCCUCCUCCGAGGAGGAGGCGGCGGCGGAGAAACGCGCGGCGGCGGCCGCGGACGGCGGAUUCCGCGCGCUCCUCGCGGCGACGCGCGCGCCGUCCUCGCCGCUCCCGACGCUCCUCCUCUUUCUCCUCCUCCACGACUUCCGCCCCUCCGAGCCGUUCCUCGUGGAGCACUACGUCCGCGCGCUCGGCGUGGACGCGACGUACGUCGCCGAGCGCGUCUUCCCGCUGUUCACGUACGCGCGCAUGCCGUGCCUCGCGAUCGUCGCGCUUUGGUCGAGCGCGGGGAGGAGACGACGCGGCGGCGGACGACGAUGCCUCGCGGUGGUCAUCGCGGGCGCGUGCGCGAGCGUCCUCGCCACGACGCUGACGCUCUCGAUAUCGUCGAUCUCGUCGAUCGGGGGCGGCGCGCGCGCGUCGGCGACGGCGUCCGAGCCGAGCGCGCGCGUCGUCGCGGUCCUGGCGACGUCGCAGACGCUCGUCGCGUUCGCGUUCGCGUCGCAUCAAGCGCUGAUCGGGUGGCUGUUUCAAUCCUCCGUCGCGCGCGGCGGCGGCGCGCUCGCCGCGGCGACGCACGGCGUCAAGGCGGCCGCGCUCCUCGCGUCCGGCGCGUCCGCGCUGUUCGGACAGGCGAUGCGCGCGUCCGGGGCGCCGUUGGAAGCGCUGUUCGCGACGACCGCGUGCGUCUCGGUCGUCGCCGUCGCCGUCGCGGCGAGGCUGCGCGCGGACGACGACGACGCGACGCGUUCGUCGUCGUCGCCGGAGGGGCGCCGCGUCGUCGUCGUCGUCCGCGCGCGCCCGCGACGCGACGGCGGGUUCGCGCGGACGGCGCGCGCGAUGCCGCGCGAUGCGUGGCUGUGGUGCGCGUGGAGCGUCGCGUGCGCGCCGUCGCACGCGUACGUCGCGUCGAACUGGCAGGCGUUGGCGUCGACCGCCGGCGGGCCGACAGCGGGAGGGUUCAACGGGUACUUCUCGUCCGCGCAGUACGCGCUCGCGGCGAUCGCGACGAUGGCGCUCGGGAGGGGCGCGUACCGUCGUCGUCGCGCGGGGGCGGGGGUCGCGGUGGCGGCGAACGCUCGAGGGUGGAUCGCGCCGGCGGCGACCGCGACGCUCGCGGCGUCGACGGCGGCGCUCGCGGCGUGGGGCGCGGGAUGGUGGUUCUCCUCGUCCGGCGGUAUCAACGCCGCGGUCGGCUACGCCGCGCUCCUGAUCUUCGCGUGCGCGUUCGAGGCCACGAGCGGCGUGUGCGCAGCGGCGAUGGGGAAAGGCGCGAGGGUCGGCGCGGCGGCGGCCUCGAGAGACGACGAUCGACGCGCGGAGAGGGGGAGCGCGUCGGGGGGACAAGUCUCGGACGACGACGACGACGACGACGACGCGGCUCUUGUCGGCGGGCACGUCACCGCGCUGUUCUCUCUCGUCUCCGCGGUCGGGUAUCUCCUCGCGAGCGCGGCGCAUGCGGCGUUCGACGCGCGCGGCGGCGUGUCCCUCGCGACGCGGUUCGCGUCUCACGCCGCGUGGCUAGCGUGCGCUUCGGCGUUGCUGGCGGCGGCGGCUUCGGGGGGCUUCUUCGGGGCCGGCUCGCGGCGGGGGUCCCGGGACGACGACGACGACGACGACGGCGGCGGCGGCGCGUCUGGGGGGUACGUAACCGACGAUUUCGAGGAGGGAGGCGGCGGCGAAGGCGUCGACGCGCCGUUGUUGCGACGGACGACCGACUAG